AUCACGCGUUACUGUUCUAAAACGGUUUUUCCGGUUAAACCACCGGUUGGACUGGUUGGACUGGUUGGACCAGUGAACCAGUGAUUAAAACGGUUUGAUGACCGGUCCGGUUUUCAGAACCUUGGUGAACUCUGAUUCAAGUCAUUCAACUGUGAACUGAUAUGGUGAUAUAGUGAUUGAAUAAUUGUUUUUUUGUGAACUGUGAAGUGUGAACUGAUAUAGUGAUAUAGUGAUUGAAUAAUUGUUCGCCUGUUUCAACUGAACUAAGUUACUGAUUUAGAACUGUGAACUUUGUAUUGUUAUUGGAUUGGAUUGUAUCGUUAUUGGAAUGGAUUGUUAUUGCCUGUUUGCCUGUUUCAAUUGAAUAAUUGGAUUGGAUUGUAUUGUUAUUGGAUUGCUGGUAAUGUUUAGGUAUGUAUUGUUAUUGUAUUGUUAUUGGAUUGCUGGUAAUGUGUAGGUAUGAAUGAAUAAUUAUUGUUAGUUAAUUAUUGCUGUUCCCCCUCUUCCUCAGGAUCUGCUCUGCUUUGUUCUAGGCUUCUAGAUUUCUUUGUUAUUGGAAUUUGAUUUUAUUUCUGGUUAGGAUUGGUGAUCUGAAUCUUUUAUUUGAAAAUUAUUUUUUGGUUCUUUGAUUUUCAAGUUGCUUGCUGCUUCAAUUUGAGGGGAUUCUGAAUUUUGGUUUAAACUGUGAUUGAAGGUUCUUUGGUUUGGGUAUUCUUCACUUUCCUGGAAGCUUAGCUUUUAAUUCGUUGAGAUCAAAUUAUUGUUUUCAACCUUGGUGAUUUUUAAAUAUUCUUUUUGGUUGCUUUCUUUUUAAAUGUUUCAAUUGGUGUUAUUGUGCUGUUGCUGUGAUUUAAAUGUUCUUUUUGAUUCUUUCUUUUUCUCGAAUGCCCAAUCAAUGCUUGAUUGAUUAGCUUUGCUCACUGAUUAUAUUUGAUGAUAAAUUUUAGAUUUAUAACUCUAUUACUGCUUUAUUGUCUGUUUGUAUAGUUAAAUUUAUUAAAGUUUCUUGAAUUUGCACUAUGUUACUGAUUCAAAGUUUUUUGAGUUUUGUUCAUUGUUUGGUGGCACUGUCCAUGCUCUCGAUCUCUGCCGACUUGCUGCCCCUCCUCUGUGCUAGAUUUUUUUUUGUUUCAGCUGUUGUGUUUUUGUUUCAGGUCCUGUUGUGUUUGUUGUGCAAUACUAUCAAUUUGUUUUACUUUUUGACUCAGCUACAUUAAGACAAUAUUUUCUAUCUUUAACUUGUGCAUUGUAUAUUUAUAUUAGACUAUAAUUAUGUUUUAAUGUGUUUAUUUAUAUUUUAUUUUUUAUUUUAUUAUAAAACGGUUUUUUUGGUUUAACCACCGUCAAACCGGUUGAACCUAUGAAUCAGUGAACCAAUAACUAAAGCGGUUCAAUGACCGGUUCAGUUUUCAGAACCUUGGGCAGAAGCAUCAGUUCUCUACUUCUCUUCGAAGACUUCUACUCACUCCCAAGUCCCAACCCUAACUUUCUCAGUCUCUCUUCAACCUUCUUCCUCCAAAGUACAAACACCACCGUCACCUCCAACAAACGCCGGAGCAAAGCAUCACCGUCGCGGGUCGAAGGUCACCGUCGCGUCCGGGUCGAAGGUCGCCGUCGCGAAUCGAGGUCGAAGGCCACCGUCGCGGGUCGAAGCAUCACCGUGUUGGCGUCGUCUGGUCAUCGGCUUGGCCUCGUCGUGGUCGUCAGCUUGUUGUCGGCACCGAACUGUCACCGUCACCGAAGCGUGGGUCGACGUCUGGCUCUGACAGUCUGACCUUCCAUGCUCUCGGCCUCUCCUCUCCCGUGGUCCAUAUACUGGUGAAUUUCACUGGCGGGCUCGACGGAACCUACUUGACAGUGGCGAAUACCGUCAUGGAGACCUUUAACAAAAUCUUCGCGGUAAACACUUGGGGGCAUGUUCCUGUGCUGUAGAGGAGCAAAGAAUAGAAUGAAGUGUGGCGGCAGAAGGGGAUCUAAUCCAGUUGAUGAUGUUGCUGGUGACGGUGCUGCGGACAUGAGGUGGUAGUGAAUGUAUGAUCGCUUGAAGCAACGGAGCAGCCUUUCAAGUUUCAGCAGAUUGAUGAGUUGGAAUUUGUAUAAGACAAUUUUGUGGCCCGAAAGUAAUGAGGUUUCAUUAGGUUUAAGGUCGGGUAAGAGUCUCAAAAAUAGACCCGGUCAAUAUUUAGGGCCUGGUUUGGGUCAGGACAAAUCCAGUUUCACCCGUCCCAUGACUCCCCUAUCUUCAAAUGUACAACAGAAACCUUUGCUCUGCGUGCACCAGAACUCUCUCACAUGUUACAGCUUCAACUUCCAAAUUCAUUGUGCACGCCGAUAAUUACAAUUAUGCCAUCCCAAAACCCCGCUUUCCAAACGCACAACAACAUCCAGAGCCUCUCACAACCCAAUUGGAGUCUCUGUUCCGUUCUUGUUCUGAUUCCUCUCUGCUUCCACAGGUCAAGCAAAUUCAUGCUCGGGUCACUGUUUGUGGAAUGAGUGAUAUCAAUGUGUUGGGUUCAAGAAUUGCAGGGUUGUAUGUUCUUUGUGGUAGCAUCAGGGAUGCUAGGAACUUGUUUUUCAGGCUUGAGUUGGGCUAUGCACUUCCCUGGAAUUGGAUGAUAAGAGGAUUUGUGAUGUUGGGGUGGCAUGAUUUUGCAUUGUUGUUUUACUUCAUGAUGUUGGGUAGUGGAGUCUCACCUGAUAAAUACACUUUCCCUUACAUUAUAAAAGCUUGUGGUGGUUCAAAUAAUGUUGCAUUGGCUAAGAUGGUGCAUAACACAAUUCAGCCAAUAGGGAUCGAUGUGGACUUGUUUGUUGGUAGUGCCUUGAUCAAGUUGUAUGCAGAUAAUGGGUGUAUUUGUGAUGCAAGGCAAGUGUUCGAUGAAUUGUCUGUAAGAGACUGCGUUUUGUGGAAUGUCAUGCUAAAUGGUUAUGUAACUAGCGGUGAUUUUAACAAUGCAAUAGAAACUUUUCAGGAAAUGAGGAAUUGUUAUAUCAAGCCCAAUUCAGUAACUUUUACUUGUAUGUUAUCAUUAUGCUCUACAAGAGGGAUGUUUUAUGUUGGUACUCAGCUUCAUGGUCUUGUUAUUCGUAGUGGGUUCCAGCAUGAUUCGCAGGUAGCAAACACGCUACUUUCCAUGUAUUCCAAAUGUGGUAACCUUGUUGAUGCACGUAGGUUAUUUGAUUCAAUGCCACAGACUGAUACAGUUACUUGGAAUGGGUUGAUUGCUGGAUAUGUGCAAAAUGGAUUGGCAGAUGAGGCCUUAACUUUAUUUAAUGCAAUGAUCUCUGCUAGUGUCAAACCAGAUUCGAUCACUUUCGCAAGUUUCCUUCCUUCUAUUGUUGAAUCUGGUAGUAGUAGUACCAAACAUUGUAAAGAAAUUCAUGGUUAUAUAGUCCGGCACAGGAUUCCUUUUGAUGUUUAUUUAAAGAAUGCCAUCACAGAUAUGUAUUCAAAAUGUGGAAGACUAGAUCUUGCAUAUCAAUUUUUCAGAAGGAUGCCUGAAAGAGAUAGUGUAUGUUGGAACUCAAUGAUUGCAAGCUUCUCACAGAAUGGUAAACCAGAAAUGGCUAUUAAUAUUUUUCGUGGAAUGGGAAGGAGUGGAACCAAGUUUGAUUCCGUGAGCCUAUCAUCUGCACUUUCUGCGUGUGCAAAUAUACCGGCACUCUAUUCUGGGAAAGAGAUGCACGGCUUUGUGAUAAGAAAUGCAUUUACUUCUGACACUAUUGUUGCAAGUGCACUGAUAGACAUGUAUUCUAAAUGUGGAAAAUUAGCCAUGGCUCAGUAUGUGUUUGACCUGAUGUACUGGAGGAAUGAAAUUUCAUGGAAUAGCAUCAUUGCUGCAUAUGGAAACCAUGGUCACCCCAGGGAAUGUCUCGAUCUAUUCCAUGAAAUGUUAAAAGCCGGGAUUCACCCGGAUCACGUUACUUUCCUUGUUAUAAUAUCUGCUUGUGCUCAUGCUGGCUUAGUUGAUGAAGGCAUAUCAUAUUUCCGUUGCAUGACUGAAAGUUAUGGGAUUUGUGCUAAGAUGGAGCACUAUGCAUGCAUGGUAGAUUUGUAUGGUCGAGCUGGUCGUUUGCACGAGGCAUUCAAUACUAUAAAGAGCAUGCCGCUUGCUCCGGACGCAGGUGUUUGGGGGACAUUACUAGGAGCUUGUCGGGUUCAUGGCAAUGUUGAGUUGGCCAGACUAGCUUCCGAACAUCUUCUGGAGUUAGACCCCCAAAAUUCGGGGUACUAUGUAUUGCUUUCGAAUAUACAUGCCGGUGCAGGGGAGUGGUCAGAUGUUCUUAAGAUUCGAAGUCGAAUGAAGGAAAAAGGAGUUCAGAAAAUAUGCGGAUACAGCUGGAUUGAUGUGAACGGCAGCACCCAUAUGUUUUUUGCUGCUGAUGGUAGUCACCCACAAUCUUUUGAGAUCUAUUUGAUUCUGGAGAGUCUUCUCCUUGAGUUAAAAAAACAGGGUUAUGUUCCUCAACCAUACCUUCCACGGCAUCCACAAGUCGUUGUAAAAACUUGAAUGGAAACAACCAAUGUCUAUAUUCCAAGCAUCACCAAGAGCAAAAGUUUUGUUCUAUGUAAUCCAUUUUAUUAUAAAAAUGGUGUACACUAAAUAUUAGCCACCAAUUUUGUAUUCUUUCAUGCUGAUAAUGGAAAACUAAAACUAGUGAUCAUCAAUUCAAUUUUUUUGUAGUCCCAAAUUUGGACUAAUUUGUAUUCUUUCAUGCUGAUAUUUGAAAAUUGAAACUAGUGAUCAUAAA